AUAUCAUUGACGGGUAAUUUUUACGGCGACGAGUCACAAGAAGUGGAAGAGGCUUCAGAUCUUGAUCUGCAAAGCCAAAAUAUAAGAUCCAUGUAGAAAAGAAUCCAAACUGUUUAGCAAAGAACGAAAGCAGAACCAAAUGGCUCAACUGCAGAACGAGGGCCGCGGAGACCAGGCCGCGGCCGGUCGGAACAACAAUGACAACAGCGGCACCGUUUGGCGCGUGACGCAGUUCUUCCUGCUUUGUUUUCUCGGGUUCACCUUUGGCUACGGGUUCUUGGAAGACUUCGUUCCUAUGGCGUUCUCAACCGUUGCGUUCUUAGCUGUUACAUGGAUUUGUAAUGCAAGAACAGCAACAGUAAAAGUGGCAACAUUGCAGCUUUCGCAUCACAGAUUUGCCACAGAUUAUCACGCUGCUUAGCCCUUCGAAAAUUUGUCAUGCUAAGCACCUUGAUCGAGUGGAGGCUGAUGGCAGUUUUGCAUGACAAAUCCGUGUAACAAGUGAGAAUGUAACAGUUGAGAGCGCCAUAAAUCCAGAGGCCUGGUUGCAGCAUGUGCCCGACUUUUUUCUGCCCUGGGAAAAGGGGGAGGAAUGGUUUGGCAUAUUAUUUGGAACAUCUUCAAGAAGUGAUGUGGGAAAUGAUGUAAACGGCCAGGAAGGUGCAGCAGCUCAAGGUGAAACAUCUACUUCUACCGGAACUACAACUCCGCAGAACUACGGUCUGUACACCAUUCUUGGCAUGUUGUUCCUCAUUUUCUCGCUUUCGAUGUAUGUCGAAAGCACGUCGCUGCGCAUUCGGGCGAGGCAGGAAGCCGAAGGGUAUGUGGUGACCAGAAGUGAGACGCACCAGCAUUUGCAACAGCGCGAGCAGCAGUCGAGUAGCAAAAUGAAUGGUGCCAGCUCGGUGCACACCGGUCGUUGUACUAGUGCGGGAAACAGCAGCACGAGCAGCGUUGCAUCAAAAGCGUCUAGUAGUUCUCGCGGCGAUCCAGCGCAACCAACCAGGGCUACGUUGACGUCCACGACGACGGCCACAAAAGCAGGCACAACUGCCCAAGCGGAAAGGUCUCACAUGUACUACUUCGAUGUUCUGCUGAAAAUCUUCCGCACCGUAUGACAAUGCACAACUCCCUACUCGUCAUGCAAAACCCCAAAUCCUGUUGGCUUGGGGCCUCGUGGCACUGUUUGCAUUCCUCAAGCCGAAACAGUACUACACUCGGCGCGCGAACUUGUCACGCACAGGCUCCAUGUGUGUUGCUGGUUGUGAUGCUGUUCAUGCCAUACAAAUGAGGGUGACGGGGAGGUGUGCUCUAUCAUACGCCAUCUCCUCCCACUGCAGUCGGAGGAACAACAGCCGAGACCAGAUUGAUUUCACGAAGCAGAGCUUGUAUCCUGCGCAAAAAUUGUACUGAUCACAGUUAUGCAUGACAAAAUUCAACUUUCUAGCCGAAUUAGUAUUAGAAUGACAAGUUGCACUUCCAUUUCUGUUCUUGAGAAAAUUUGUAAUGCAAUUCAUAGUCAUACCAGUAUGAUACUGUUGCGAUGCAUAGCUCCAAAUACUGGCUCCGAAUCCGGCGGUCCGGCCUGACCUACAAAGACCCGUUCUGGCGAGACCAAGCGAACAAGAAACCGCGUGCCAUGUGCAUGAGCGACGGGAACAACUACUGCCUCUUCAGCAGGAACGAUCGGCACCACCCGAGGAUUAUGGUGAAGUGUUUCUUCAAGAAAUUGUGGAAGAGGUGCCAAUAUGCACUGCAAAAGUAUCGUACUAAUGUAAAUCGCAUGAAAAAAUUCCUCAGCGUGAGAAAUGAAAUUUGAAGUGCAAGUGCGAAUUUAACCUGGCAAAAAAAAUUGUAAUGCAUAAAUGCGAUUAGUACGAGUGUGAUACUUUCGCAAUGCAUAGCCAAGAAUUCGCUCUGAACGCAAAGUACGUUCACUGUCACGACCUAUGAAUUGCAAAGUCAUAUUUCUGGUUCUGGAGAAGUGCAGCUUGUGUUGCGUACUAUCUAGGGUGCCUGUAAAAUGAUCAAUGAUCUUCUGUGUUUGUCAUGAAGAAACGUCACUUGUCAUGGAAAUGGAUGCUUGCAACGCUCCAAAGGACGUUGUAAAAAUUUGUCAUGCUUGGCUGCAAGUACAAGAAUAGAAGUGUUUCCCGCAUUCGCAACUCAGCACCACAGGUUUAUAAUUCCAGACCCAGAAAUAGUCGCUCUGCAACUGCAUAAAACCGGGACGUGAGCAACAACGGGUCCGACGAACGGUGCAAUUUCAAUUUGCCAGACCACAUUUACCUGAACGAACUUCGAACAAAAUGUGGCUUUUCCAAACGACAGUACCAGAACCUCUGGCGGCUUACCGGACCGCUCGCGACGCUAUCAACUGCAAAAAAUACUCGCUUGGGUCCUCUGGAGUAGUACUGUACAACUUGCAAGAAUGCUGAAGUCCUGUACAUCAGCUCCCGAAGUUUGUAAUGCAUGUUGCAGAAAAAUACCAGCGUUGAUGUUCUUUCUCUGUCAUGCAAGAACGCAGUUUCUUAAUGCGCGCGCUCCGCACCAGCAAAGGCCCAGAUGACAUAUUUGCAACGCAUAGUAGCUUUUCCUGGUGAAGCAGGGAAGACGGGACCCACCGCUCUGGAACUUUGACUGCGCGACCGUAUCGAGGAAAAAAUGACACUGUGUGACUGUAACAAGUUUGUAAAUGCAAAACAUGCAAAGCAUCUACGCUUGUAGUUAUGCCGGAUAAACAUGAACUUCUUCUCCGUUUCCUGCUAUGCGUUUUCACGUACAAGUUUAUGUUGCAUUGAGUCAGGCUUUGGCUACUUUAUUCUGAAUCAUUAUAAACAAGAACAAAUUUGUCAUGCUCUGAGCACUUUGCUGGAGUUUGUUACACUAAAACCGUUUUUUCCAACUGCAUAGACCGUCACGGGGGAUUACCACGGGAAUGUCUUGCAGACCGGCCCGCUCCGGCCCAGCCGCACCUUCGGAUGCUUGCAGAGGCACUGGGAAAGCCGGAUUUGGUAUUUGGAAAACGAGGGAGUGGAGGGGGUCAAGAUAUUUCGAUGGGACAAAGAGAAAGACUGGGGUGUGAAAGAAUAGAAAAGUGGUGAAGUGAAUUAAUAUGAGAUGUAGCUAGUUGUUCUGCUUCUGCAUCUGCUAGUUGAAGACAUGCUCUUCUGUUUUCAAGCCUUUAUGUACCAAUGGCGCAAUUCACUCCUGAAUUCCACUAACUUAAUUCAGAACUACGAUAGUGGUGCAAUGCUGAGUCUAUUUUUCCGAGAGAGGUUCACUUUUGUAGUUUUCAGGUUGCGUGAAACUAUGAGGUUACCCGUACAACAAGAAGGUCUACAAACGCGUACACGGUUUUUUUUUUUCCGCUAACAGUGAUAUCGUCCGAAUUUGUUUCACCGUUUAGAAGUUUCUGUCAAGAACUUUUAUGGCGACGAAGAUUUUUGCCGCGGCCUUCCAUUCUUCGUCCAAGACCACUCUGAACUUAUUUGAUUGAUUUGCUACUGCUUUUGAAUUGUCUGCUGAAAGUAAAACCACUACGACACAGCAAGAUCACCCAUUUCUCAUGGGAGAAAUCUGAAAAAAAAAAUGAUGUUAUUUGGUUUGCGAACUUAUUUCACGCACUGCUUUUCGAAAAAUUCAGCCGCUUCUUCUCCAGACAAGUUUUUGCCAUUGGUUCCGCUUCUGUGGGACCUUGACAGGUGGUGGAACGCGAUGCGACUAUAAUCCGCGCGUUGGGAAAAGCAGUGCGACGCUGAAAUUGGGCCGCUAGCAAGUGACUUAAGACAAAGAGCGACCAACAGAGCGAACCCUCUAAAUGAGCGACGACGGAUGUGUCUCUAUCGUGAGAAUAAAGAAAAAUGUCGUGGAAUAAGACAAAAGAAAUUAUACGAAGAAUAUACUCAAGAAACAUCUUCGAGUACUGUUGGGGACUGUCGCAGACAUGUGCAAAAUGCUUCGCGGGAGGACCGCGGGGCCAACGACGCGCUCACCUGGUCAAGGUGAUGGCGGACGGACAGGGCCGGCUAGCCCUGACCUUUUGAUGUAAUUAAAGGCAAAGCCUCUGCCACAGCCUUAAUAGAUGCAGUUACGAAGCCUGGAGUCGUCAUGAAGAUGCUGACUCCAGGCUGCUGCGCGUGCAUUCAGAGGUCCACUGUGGCAGCUACCAAGCCUAUCUGGGGGCCAUUUGGGUAGAUAUCAAGCGGGGGUGAGAGGGCAUCGGGGCAGCUUUUUGGGUUGGUGACACGAGUGGUGACACGGGGCGGUGACACGGAGCCAAAAAAAUCGCGAAUUUCGUGUCACCACGAGCUGUGACAGUCGAUGGUGACACCAGAAAUCGCCCCGGUGACAGCCGACUUGUGCUCCGUGUCACCGGGCUCGAUUUUGAGCCCGGUGACACCAAGAGUGCCACCGUGUUUAGCUCUCAAACUUGGCCGAAAUUAUCGGAAUCUCGGGAAUUCUGACACUUUGGCGAAUUUUUUGCCAAAAAGUCAGCUUUUUCCCGGAUUCCAAAAAAGCAGAAAAGUGUCAAUGUGGUUUGACUUGAUAGGGUGGGGGUUGUGGGCGUGCCUAGGGCACAAACACGCUAUAGCCUGUUUAAAUCUGCCCAAAUGUGUGAGCUGUUGGGCGCCGCGUUUAGCCUCCCUGCGCCGGGCAGCCGGCCGAAAAGAAAACGACGCCAAUCCCUCCACCCGACGCCUCUAUAUUGGCGAUCCUUUCCGCGGCAAACUGCUCGCGUGUCACCAGAAAGUCACCACAUACAUUUCUGACGGGUGUCCAAGCUCUAAAGGACCGCGGGGCCAACGACGCGCUCACCUGGUCAAGGUGAUGGCGCGACAGGCGCUGCGUCUUCUUCUGAACAAGCGAAUACUGUCCAGCAAAGGGCGGAAAUCGAGAUGGGUGGUUCUAUAUGCACUGUAAAUAUGUCUGGGUCUGGAAGGAUGCAACUUGCAAUGCUGUCUGCGAAUUCUAAAAGUAUCUGUGUUGCAUGAGCAGCAAGAGCAGGAGUCAGUUCUUGGCAUGCAGAGAUUGCGUUUCUCAUGCGUGAUUGGCAUCAAGAAGGCUCUCAAAAAAUCUGUGACGCUAGCACCAGCAUCACAGACCUCACGGGUCACGCAAAAUGUGCAUGACAAGCUCCGAUUCUUCCAGACCCAGGAGACAUAUUUGCAUUUCAUAUUCUAUGGAGCUGAGCGAGUUACCAUACUUGAAAAACGUCAUGAAUUUGUAUCAAUGCAAGCCGCAGCUUCAGCCUCAGUGGGGGCAGCGGGCGUAACGGUACAACAGCAAGAGAUCUACGACUGGAAAUCGCGGAACUGAUUCGGGAGGAGCAGGAGGACCGAGGAAAUUUGCGGUACUUGCACGAAUUGAAAGCACAAAAACAGCGCGGGAGCGGUGGAGGAACCGCUUCAGCUUCUUCCUCUUCAGGGGACUUCCAUAGUCGACCAAUGAUCAAUACCAUGGGCGCUAAUUUGGGCAUCAUAGGUCGUGGAGCUGGAGCUACAACCUCUUCGUCAUCUGCCUCGAGCAGUAGCGCCGCUGGUGGCCCCGCUAGUGCCGCAACAAGCACCGGACCAGUAGUUGCAACCACUACAGCGUCCUCCACGCAGACCAGCUCUACUCCCGCUCAUCAUGCGGAGCAAAAGCAAGAUUCCCGACCCUACCCGGUUUUCCUCUGUGGGAUUUCGCAGGGCGGGGUGAUGGCCCUGCACAUUGGGGUUGCAGCGGCGCUGUUGCACGAGAAUCCAGUCAUAUAUGCUCUGCAAAAGUAUCGUACUCGUACUAAUUGCAAAUAGGCAUGACAAAUCUUUUUCCGAAGUGAAAACAGAAUUACAAAUUGCAUUUGUCGUGCUGAGCUAAUUUGUAAUGCAAUUUUUACUAGUACUCCGAUACUUUUGCAAUGCAUAUCAUACCCGCGGGGGUUAUUUCCUACCACGCCAUGCCACAUCGACUGUCGGUGUCGGAUUACAUUAUGCCUUUGAUGAAAAAUUGGCAGAACCGACUUCUUCUCACCGCCGCGGAGGCAGCGAGCAGUAGUGGCGGAGGUGAUCAUGCUGCUGCUGCGGCAUCUUCCUCGUCGGCAGGAACAGGAAGUGGAGUAGAAAUGAACCAUGUUGCGCAAAAGCAGGCCAUCAUUUUCCACGGCGAAGAAGAUGCUGAAGCCGCGGCUCUGCGACUCCCCCCACCCCCGACGACCACUGUCCGCGCGAUGUCGAUCGACGAGGAGGAUGAAAAUGCUGCAACUACCGCUGCUGCUGCCCACAUUGCGGCGCAACCGACACCGGCAGGGCAGGAGGCGGCGCAGAUGGGCAGCGAAGAUCAGGAUGUGGGUUCAUCCAACAACGUUACCAUGACAACUGGCAGAAGUAGUACAAGCGGCGUUGCACCAGAAACCUCCGCAGGAACAACGAGCACGGGAAGUGUAAGUGAGCAAGAUCUAGCUCGUCCGGCGUUUCUCGGACAGGAUGGCUUUGAACAUCAAGAUGGGAACUAUCCACAGUAAAUUUCCCGUACACGUACAAAUGCAGUCUCUGCAUGACAAAACUUGCCUUCAGUCCUAGUCUAGCAUGACAAGUUGGACACUGCAAGUUGGCGAAAUUUGUCAUGCAUUUUGUACAUCAUUUACGGAAAAUUUACAUUGCAUAGGAACGGUACAGACCACACUGACAGUGACAUACAGGAUGUGGAGAUGAAUGAAGACGAACCAGAUCCCGAGGACGAAGAGGAGGAUGGUGAGGACCGGCGACGCGGAAGGGCUGGUGCUCAUCGAGGCUUUUUAGCCGCUGGGGGCCGGGGCGCGCCGGGUGCUAGAAGCAACACUUCUGGUGCACAACAACCGCCCCGGCGACCUGCUGGAUUUGCGUUGCAGCCCGUGCUGGCUGCAGAAGGCGAGGACAGAGGUGGAAAUGACGGGGAAGACAUGGACGACGAUGAGCAAAACCCACCGAAUGCGAACCCAGAACAUCAACAGGUCCAGGCGGCACACCCGACCACCUCGACUGCGAGCACCACACCGCUGAGCGUUCCUUUUCCGCCGGCAGCGGAGUCGGUCACGAAUCUUCCUGGCUCUCCUACACGACCCCAGCAAAUAAACGGUCAACAACUAUCCUCCCUUCCCGCACUAAGUUCCCCCUGGCGGCAGAUUCCGGUCCGUAUGUACGCCAGUAGACGCGACGGCAUCUUUCCGGGAGAUUUUGUAAAGCAGAAAGCGGACGACUUGUUCCUGAAUAAGCUGGAAAUGACGGACUACAAGAUUACCAUCCAGCCGGACAAACAGCACGCGGAUCCGUCCGGACCAAAAACGCUGGCGGAAAACAUUUUCAACCUGCUGCGCCAACGGGACGCGGACGCAAAAUUUUUACCGUAGGCGGAGGGAAAAGGCUGUAGCAGUAUGUGUACGAAAUAGAGUCGUAGGCAAAGCUCUUUGUCAUGCGGCUGCACGGGACUAACAAAAUGAAAAUUCGCUUCAAGCAAGACUCGUGCUGUAAGAUCUACUACAGAGUGGCUCCUGGUGUUACAGGAAGUAGGACGAGCGCUCGACGCAGAUGACAUUAAUAAGAAUCAGAUGAAGAUAAAGCCCGAUUUUGAAGCAGCACUAGUAGCAAGAACUCGGGCGGUUGUUCUACACCAGGUCUACGACGCUAUCCAAUUUUGAGCCUCCAGUAUCCUGGAGGACACAAAAAUUCGUCUGUGUCUGUCUCUGUGUUUGCACCGAGGCUGCGGCGCUUAGGAGUAGAUCUUUUUCAUCAUGGAUGGUCGACUGCAAGUGGAAAUACAAAUAGAAAAUGAAAGCAUAUACCAAUGAGGCUCGCCUCCUUUUCAUCUCCCCACAACUUGUUCGGCCUACACAAAAAUCUGAUUAUGCAGUGAGACUGCACGGAUGAAUGUCUUUCAACACUGGCAUAGCGGUAAACCCAGCAGCAGAACGUCCGGCCGUAAAAGCGCGCGUAACGGUACAACAGCGAGAGAUUAAUCCUUGGAAAUAUCCAUAUCUACCUGCAUAUUUGCAAAAUGUAGCGAAAGGCAACCCGCUACCGGGCCUGCCAUGUUUAUUUUUCACGCCCGCGCCCGACGUUUUCGCGUCAGCGAGUUGCUAGGGAGGAGAGCGGAAGCCGGAGGCUCAUUCUCUGGCACCGCUGGCGCAGUUAGUUGAUAGCGAAUACAUCCUAGCGCUACCCCUUUGGCGAAGGGUCAGCCGAACGGAUAUGCGGCUGCACCAGAGCCGCGCGAAUCCAGGCGCGCUGAUUGUUUGCAAUUCUGCAACUGGGCCAAACGCAGCGGCUGUAGCGCGCCGCAACUGGCUCCAGCCUCGCAAUAGUGGCGGUCGGCAACUCUUUUUAGCGACCGGCGUGGCGUGUCGUCUUGCAAUUUUAGGAUGCGGAAAAGCAGGCCGCCAGCAUUCGCCAAAGCCGGGCGCCAUUCGUGAAAAGCCUCCAGGUGGCCUUCCGGCCAGCGCGCAUGCACCCAAAAAGCGCAGCAAAUCCGAGGAAAGCACCUCCACCGAGCGCUAGCCCACCGCGCAACAUGCCUAGUAGCAGUAUUUCGCUGAGCAUGCCCCGCUGCUCCAGAAACUCUUGGCCGUACUUCAGCCGGGUCGCAAAGCACUCGCCCACGGUUCCGGUGCGAUCGGGAAAUACUGCCAGGCAUCUUGGGUUCGCAUAAAGAUGUCGCAUGAAGACCAAUACCCCAAACAAAUACCCCUUGAAGGAGGUACUUGCUGGGGGUAUUCGUCAUCGUUGUGCACCGAGCUGAGUCCAAAAAUCCCGGGGGGUAUUGAUGGGGGUAUUCGUACGGGGUAUUGCUUUGGGGUAUUCGUACGGGGUAUUGCUUUGGGGUAUGCGUUUUCGCAUUGGGUGAGCUUGGCGAAGGUGAAACGCGAGCGGGAAAUUUCCAUCAUUGCAAAAUCCCAAUUUGUGUUUCACCCAAACCCGAGCGGGGAAUUUCCAUCAUUGCAAAUUGUAGCUUGCCUCUCACCCAAACCCGAGCGGGGAAUUUCCAUCAUUGCAAAUUGUAGCUUGCCUCUCACCCAAACACGAGCGGGGGAUUUCCAUCAUUGCAAAAUGGCGAGCGUCAAUACUUUCAACUCCCCACACCGUCUGACUUCCAAACCCGAGGAUUUGGCGGAUGGCUGGUCGCCUCGUCAACUCCUACGCGCGCGGAGACAUAUCCAGACGAAGCCUGGGCGCAGCCUCGCGCCCAGGCUUCGUUCGGGUGUAGAAGGUGCGCAACACAGGGACGCCGCACGGCAGGCGGCUCCACACAAAAGUCAGAGCGCUGCUCCUGGCCUCGCCUGCAGCCCCACUCCCCUCUCCCUUUGGCUUCCCGGAAGGUCUCGGUCUUCGGCACUUUCUUUUGGCCAGUGCGGAAAACCGGGCAGCGGGCGUAACGGUACAACAGCAAGAGAUCUACGACUGCGACGGUACCUUAGCGCUGCGCCACUGCUGCUGUGCACGGCGGGAUAAGGAUGAUCAGUAGGAUCGUCUAGACUACGGUGAAGAAGAUGUUUUUUUUUUUUGCGAAUGGUACUAAACGCUUUAAGCCUUAGCAGGCUCGCCUGUUUUACAAGUGGCACGAUCAUAAGAGAUGAAAGAACAGAAUGCGAAUGAGCAAAGUGAUCGCGGACUCUAUUUUCC